UUCCGGUUUCCGAUGGCCGUGCGAAGUAUCGCGAAAUGUCAAAUUGAUAUAUUCGCGGUAAAGAGAGCGUAUGCGUGACAUUUCCUGGCGCGACGCGGCCGGCGAGAGAUUUCGUCGAGGGCGACGAGACCUUCGCGACAUCUCGAGAUCGAGGCUUGAUUCGACGAUUGAAGCAGCGAAACAAACCGGGCUCUGGUCUUAAUCCAAAAUUAUGAUGUGACAGUGUAUAAAGCAUCCAAGUGAUGGCUUCGAUCUGUCGACGUUGGAGAUUAUGGAUAUUGCCCGUACUGACCUGCCUGUACGCGCUUCUUAUUGUUGUACUCGUACCAAUCUUGCUAGUCAAUUCCAUCAAGCAUGGUUUCAAGAAGGAGGAUCAGGGUGCGCUGGUGGGUGGUGCUUUCGUCUUGCUAGCAUUACCCAUCGCCUUCUACGAGAUUAUCCAGCACAUGAUAUAUUACACCCAACCUAGAUUACAGAAAUAUAUAAUAAGGAUAUUAUGGAUGGUGCCCAUUUACGCAGUAAAUGCUUGGUUAGGCUUAGUAUAUCCUGCAGGCAGUAUAUAUGUGGACAGCUUAAGAGAAUGCUACGAAGCUUAUGUGAUAUAUAAUUUCAUGAUGUAUCUACUGGCCUAUUUGAACGCCGAUCACCAAUUGGAACAUAGACUGGAGAUAUCCCCUCAAGUGCAUCAUAUGUUUCCUUUGUGCUGUCUUCCUGAUUGGGAGAUGGGCAGAGAAUUUGUACACAUGUGCAAGCAUGGAAUUUUACAAUAUACAGCUGUUAGGCCUAUAUCAACUUUAGUAUCAUUCAUCUGCGAACUGAACGGAGUGUAUGGAGAGGGUGAAUUUAGAGGAGACGUCGCUUUCCCCUACAUGAUCGCUUUAAACAAUCUGUCACAAUUUGUUGCCAUGUACUGUUUGGUACUCUUUUAUCGUGCCAAUGUGGAGGCCUUGAAGCCAAUGAAGCCAAUUGGAAAAUUUCUGUGCAUCAAAGCUGUAGUGUUUUUCUCGUUUUUUCAAGGAGUGUUAAUAGCUUUAUUGGUCUAUUUUGACGUGAUAUCAAGUAUUUUUAACGAAGCCGAUACAGACGACAUCAGGAAUAUACCGUCCAAGUUGCAAGACUUUUUAAUUUGUAUAGAGAUGUUUCUAGCCGCGGUAGCUCAUCACUACAGCUUCUCCUACAAACCAUUUGUCAAUUUAGCCCAGGGUCAAGCAUGGUGGGAUGCAUUUAGGGCAAUGUGGGACGUUUCUGACGUGCAUAAUGACAUAAAGGAACAUUUGGGCGUCGUCGGCUCGUCCUUGAGCCGCAGGAUACGUGGACGAGGCGCUUAUCAGCAGGCUUGGGGAAGCGCCACGGAACGUACAUCGCUUCUACCCGAGGCUACGGUGAUAAGUCAGGCCAGAAGCGCGCCUACCUGCUCGUUUUCGGGCUACAACACGGCUGAAGCCGGACUGAACAAUAAUCCAUCUGUCGGGGAAUCCGAAGAGGCGACCCCGGAUGCGCAGGAUAAUAGUAAUACCGUUAUUACGUAGCCAAUAUGUCUGAAUCCAUCCGCGCGAAGACGAUAUUUAAUUGCGACGCGUUAAGAAACCAACGUAUUUUGACAAGAAUUAUCUUUAGUAUUACUUUUUAACGGAAAAAAAUACAUAGUUUUGCAAUAACAAUCUUCUUUCCAAUGCUAUUGUACAAAUCAUUAUAGUCAUUUAUCACCACAUUACAUAUCGCAUUGGGACGCAUGUUCUGAUGUCAUGAGAUGUCCUUUUCACGAUUAAUAUGGGAACAAUUUUUCCUUAGUGAGAAUAUCGAGGUGUAUUGUAUAUUUUUCUUUUCAUUUAAGCUUAACAAUGUAAAAUUAUAUCAAGUUUUAUUAGAAUGUAUAUAAAAGAUAUAAUUUCAUUGUUUACAUUUUUAGUCAAAAUAUUAAAUUCGAAUCGACCUGAUAAAUCUGUAGCGAAAAGAACAUCUGUGGUCUCGGAGCAUUCCAUUAAUUGUUUAUGACUUAAGAAAUUUGAUACAAUGAGCAGCGAAUUUUGCGAAGAGCAUAAAAAUUGCUUGGUAUAUCCUCAUUUUGCGAAAGUGACUCACAAAUACAAUUAUAUAUGUUACCAAUGAUGUACUACCAAAUAAUGUACAUACAUUUAUAUAUAGAUAUA